UUGUGUGCAUGCUCGCGCAAGCGCACGUCCGCUGCGCUGGCCUGGCUUCCUGCGGUCUGUGUCUCUACGCUCGCAGCUUUGACUUGCGCGAGCUGGAGUCGCGAGCCUGCGGGCCGAGGCCGGUGCGUCCGGGUCGGCAGCAGGCGAACGCAGCUUUGCAGGCCGGGGAGGCCGAGGGCCGGGCUGACGGGGGCAGCGAGACCCGGGCCCGGCGCGGCCUCCUAGGUGAGGCCUGAGGGUGCAGAUCGCGGCCGUGAGAGGGAGGCUGGGUCCGUCUGAUGGCUUGCAGGGGGGCCUGAGACCGCUUGCCGAGGCCUGAGCGAUCAGCGCCUGCGCGAUGCCUCGGCCCCCUCCUGUCCUCAGCGUGCGGGAUCCGGGACGGUAGCAGUGGUCGUGUUGAUGGCUUUGGGCUGUCUAGAUGGCCCGAGGAUGAGGCGUGUGGGCAUAGGAGCGGUCAGUUCAGUGACCUGAGCUGUAGAGGCGCUGUCCAAACUCCUACCUCACUUGACAUCCCUGCCUCCCAGGGCUUCUAAGUCUCAUGAUGUUACUGGGCGCCAUCGGCACCCUUGCUGUGCCUGUUAGUUUUCCCGAUCCUCUCCCUGCAGCAUCCUGUGGUCUAGUUCAGGAAAAGUUUGUGUUUGCGUCUGUUCAUAGGGGAAGACUGUGGGUCUGCGAUAGUGGUGACAUAACCGAGGUCACGCAGAGGGUUUGUUAGUGGGAGUGCUAAGUCCCGGGCCGACGGCGUUCCUUUUGUCAUAUUAAAGUCGUGGUCACAGUAUCACGUAAUUGUAUAUAAAUACAGUUCCCACCAGGUUAACUUUUGUUUUCAGAGCAGCUUGUGAGUAUUCUUUUGUAUCCCUUAGUAAAUGGCAGUUAUUUAACUAGCAUUUCUUGUUCAUUUCUUGUUAAUUCACCUCGUCAGCUGCACUCAUUCAUUCCCCCCAAGUCCCAACGCACAGUUGCAAUUCUCCAGUCCUUUCUGACAGCCAGUGAGACCACCAUCCCUCCGGUUUUCUUCUGGGAAUGUUCCAGGAGGUUUGUGUGCAGGAUUCCCCUCUUUCCACGCCCACUCAUAAUGACGUUGUUUUUCCUUCCCCAGACCCGGCUGCAUUAGUCCUUCUACAGACUUUUCCUACUGCAGCGGAAGAUGAAUACAUCCUUAGGCCCACUGUCAUUCAAGGAUGUGGCUGUGGCCUUCUCCCAGGAGGAGUGGCAGCAGCUGGACCCUGAGGAAAGGACGACAUACAGGGAUGUGAUGCUGGAGACCUACAGCAACCUCGUCUCCGUGGGGUAUGACAUUAUCAAACCGGAUGUUAUCAUCAAGUUGGAACAAGGAGAAGAGCCAUGGAUAGUAGAAGGAGCGUUCUCGCCUCAGAGCUAUCCAGAUGAGAUCCGGCACAUGAGCAGGCUGAUGGAGGAGGACCAGGGAGGUGAAGAGAACCAGUCAAGUUCAGCUGUGUUCAGCUACAGAAGCCGGGCUGAUGCCUCUAGUAAGGCCACUGAUGGAGAAACAAAGCCCUUUCCCUCACAGAAGGCCCUCCCUCAGUGCAACUCCUGUGAGAAGAGCCUGAUGUGUGUCUCGGCGUUCAUCCGAAGCGACGGAAGCUACGCAAAACUGAGGCCCAAUGUGUGUGCCGGGUGUGGGAAGCCCCUCCCCUGCAGCAAGCCCGAGGAAACACACCCUGGAGGUGAGUCUUACGAAUUUAGUGGGGAUGGAGAUGAGGACCCUCUCGGUGAAGAAGGCGUGUAUCAGAAGGGUCACUUUUUGGAGGAGCCCUUUGAAUACGUUGAGUGCCAGAAAUCCUUCCCCAAGGGCACUGUGUUUCUUAAUCACCUGGAAGAGGAGCCCUGCGACUGGAAUGACGCUGAGGUCGCUUUCCUGCAGACGUCAGACCUCAGUGCCCACCAGGAUUCUCUCAUGGAAAUGAAGCCCUACGAGUGCCAGCAGUGUGGGAAGUCCUUCUGCAAAAAGUCCAAGUUCGUCAUCCAUCAGAGGACUCACACAGGAGAGAAGCCCUUCAAGUGCAGUCAGUGUGGGAAGUCCUUCUGCCAGAAGGGCACCCUCACCGUCCACCAGAGGACGCACACCGGGGAGAAGCCCUACGAGUGUACCGAGUGCGGGAAGACCUUCUACCAGAAGCUGCACCUCAUUCAGCACCAGAGGACCCACUCGGGCGAGAAGCCCUACAAGUGUGGCUACUGCGGGAAGUCCUUCUGCCAGAAGACGCAUCUCACUCAGCACCAGAGGACGCACUCGGGAGAGAGGCCCUAUGUUUGUCACGACUGUGGCAAGACGUUCUCUCAGAAGUCAGCACUCAAUGACCACCAGAAGAUCCACACGGGCGUCAAACUCUACAAAUGCAGCGAGUGUGGCAAGUGCUUCUGCCGCAAGUCCACGCUCACAACCCACAUGAGGACGCACACGGGCGAGAAGCCGUACGAAUGCAACGAGUGCGGCAAGUUCUUCUCCAGGCUGUCGUACCUCACCGUGCAUUACAGAACCCACUCGGGGGAGAAGCCCUACGAGUGUGCGGAGUGCGGGAAGUCCUUCUACCUGAACUCAGCCCUUAUGAGACAUCAGAGGGUGCACACGGGGGAGAAGCCUUACGAGUGUAACGAGUGUGGGAAAUUAUUCUCGCAGCUGUCCUACCUCACCGUGCAUCACAGAACUCACUCAGGAGUGAAGCCCUAUGAGUGUAGCGAGUGUGGAAAGACCUUCUACCAGAAUUCAGCCCUCUGUAGACACCGGAGAAUUCACAGAGGGGAGAAGCCCUAUGAAUGCUACAUCUGUGGCAAGUUCUUUUCUCAGAUGUCUUACCUCACGAUCCAUCACAGAAUUCACUCAGGGGAGAAGCCCUAUGAGUGCCGCGAGUGUGGGAAGUCCUUCUGCCAGAACUCAGCCCUCAACAGACACCAGCGCACGCACACGGGAGAAAAAGCCUACGAGUGUUACGAGUGUGGGAAAUGCUUCUCCCAGAUGUCUUAUCUCACUAUCCAUCACAGGAUCCACUCGGGAGAGAAGCCCUUCGAGUGUAACGAGUGUGGGAAAGCCUUCUCUCGGAUGUCGUACCUCACUGUGCACCACAGGACCCACUCAGGAGAGAAGCCCUAUGAAUGUACGGAGUGCGGGAAGAAAUUCUACCACAAGUCCGCGUUCAAUAGCCAUCAGAGAACUCACAGGAGAGGGAGCGGGAAUGGGGUUGAUUGAUGUGGGACGGCUCCUUUACAGCCAGACUCAACCGUCUCAGUAAGCUAGAAACCCCUGUCUGCCGCUGAGCCCUGCUGUACGUGGCCCCAGGUACCCAUAGGCUCCUUCUCUGAGGAGUCAAUCCUCCGAAACUACAUAGGGAAAAGGGUUUCUCUGUACUGAAUGUGUACAGAAUAUUUUUUGUCUUUCUUCCCUAAGUAGUACAAUAUAACAGCUCUUUAUACUGCGUUUAUAUGGUACUAAGCGUCAUAGAUAUUCUAGAGGCGAGUUAAGUACAGAGGGUGUGCACAGGCUGUCACGAUGUCAUCUUACACAAGGGCUUACUCUGCAGACGCUGGUGUCCCGCUGGUCUCAGAACCACACUCGGGCACACCGAAGGAUACCUCUGUCAGAGAGCUCACGCAAAUAAGCAUGAGCAAGUCUGUGAGAGAUAGAUUCAUCAGAAACCCACAGGGCAGGAAGCACAGUUGUGAGAAGAGCACACAGCAGGCUACACAGGAGUCAGAAUGUAUAAAUCCGUCUCAGCAUAACUUAAACUGCUCAUCAGGGAACUGGCUCGACUGAAGGAGCGGCGGAAGCACACGCCUUUGGUAACUGCUAAUACUAAAGGACAUUUUUGUAAAAAUUAAAAGAAGAGGGGCUGGAGAGAUGGCUCAGCGGUUAAGAGCACUGACUGCUUUUCCAGAGGUCCUGAGUUCAAAUCCCAGCACACACAUGGUGGCUCACAACCAUCUGUAAUGGGAUCUGAUGCCCUCUUCUGGUGUGUCUGAAGACAGCUACAGUGUACUCAUAUACAUAACAUAAAUACAUUUUUUAAAAAAUUAAAAGUAAUACUCUGCUAGAAAUAAGUACACUCUAUAACUGCAGGAUGUAAAGUUGCCAGUCUGGUUAGCUGAGUUUGCCACACUAAACUGGUAAGUGAUUCCCUAGGGGCAAAGGGCUUGGGGGUCUCUUGUUUUUGUUUCAGUAGCCAUCACAGAAUUCUCAUGGUCAGUUUUAAUCCUGUUUGGAAAAGUGUUGUGUUGUUACUUUGUAACAUAUGGAGAGCUUACCCGUUCUAAGGAAGGUCCUCAUCCUGUCAUUAUGUUCAUAUGCACUGUCACUGAAGUUAUGAACUAUGCUUUUUCUCAUAUUCUUCCUUGGGUUUUCAAAUGCAUUGGGUCAUUGUCACAGGAUUCUAUCCUCUGUAAAGAAGCCAGGUUAUCCCCCGCAACUAUAGCAAAGAUGGAAUGUAUCUAGAAAAUAGAAAACUCUGAAUAGAUCAUUUUAAACUAAGCCAGAAGUCUGUAAAGGUGAGGAAUAGCCUUAGCACUCCUGUACUCUGUACAACAAAGAACUAGACUUAGGGUGUUGUCAUUUCUACACGCCAUUGGCUCGCUUGUCUCACGUGGAUGCUUACGCGUGUGUAGAACUCAAUGGCUGGGUAGCACGGUACGUGCUGUGGUUACCGCCGUGCUCUGUUCUCCUGUCCCUCGGAAGUGAGCGCACACACAGCGGACUGUGGCAGACUUCACCCAGUGCCUUCUGCCACUCCCUCCUUGGCUUUCGUAUGUCGUCAGAGUGCAUUCCUCCUUAGAUGAUGGGACGCAGCUCCCGGGAAGUUUUCAUUGUGGGGGUGAGCCUUUCUCAGAACCUUGGACCCAAGUCCAGAGAGUUCGAAAAGGUCAUUUCUUGAAAGGGUCUCCUCAAAGCAGCAGAGCCUUAGUGAACAUAACCUUGUCUGGAUGCGGUGCCUGAUGAUGACUGCCAACCAUGUAUACCCUGUAGUCAUGACGACAGAAGGUCGGAAUGACGUCACAGAGCCACUAAAGCAACGUGACCUGUAGCCACUCCGUGUCUGGACUGUGGGUUUUGUUUUUUGUUUUUCUGAGAGACUGUUUCUAAACCAGGUGACUUAGGGACAUUCUGUUAAUAACAACAGGACAGCCUGGUGCCCCAUUACACUCUGUAGGAGUUAUGCAAUUCAGAAGUGGAAUUUAGGAAAUCAUUUAUUUUGAUGUGUCAAUAGAGAGAUUUAUUGUCUGUAAAUUUGGAUGUAAAUAAUCUGAUCAUUGAAAAUGAACUUGAAACAAU